AAUAUGGAGAAGAAGACGAAGAAGACGCUCACGACCAACAAACAAACAAACAAACAAACGACAGCAGUUUGCUAACUAACGCCAACACUAAACAACAGACAAGCAUGGCAACUCCUCCAAAGCUUGCACGUUCGUUUCUCGGUCGUCCGUCGGCAUCUCGCCGACACAAAAAGAUUUCAAUCGAAGGAAACAUCGCGGCGGGCAAGUCCACAUUUGUGCACCUCCUGCAGGGUGAGGUCAUCGCCGAGCCCGUCGGCAAAUGGGGCAACGUCCACGACGUCUAUCAGAACCAAGUUGUUUUGCAAAAGCCUUUGCACAUUUUUACGUACGUGUUUGGGUCUGCGCUGCCGCAGGGCGGCAGCCUGAGCGAGGCGGAGCGGAGCGUCUCCCGGGACUGGCGCCGUUGGCCGGCGGAGACCUUCCAGGCCGACGUCGCCCUGGACGCCUUCGUUUACCUCAGGGCCGAGGCGCAGCGUCUGAUGCAGCGCGGCUGUCACGAAGAGAGCGACAUUCCUCUGGAGUACCUGGAACAACUACACCCAAAACACGAAAACCGGCUGGUCCGCAGGAAGCUCAGACUGGACUUUGACUACCCGAACGAACUUCCUAUCCUGGUUUUGACGAUUUCAAGAACGAUCUCAUCAAACGGCGCCAUCGUUGACCGGGCAAGUUCUGAUUCUUUAACAAUUUUAAAUUUGGUUCUAUUCUGGCAUUUUUGUGUUCUCAGGUGCGAGAGUUUCUGUCCACGUUGUAGACCCCGCCCCCAAACUCAGUACCACUGGGAUCGGUCCAUCUGUUGGAAGAAACCAAUCCGUUUUUUUAAGACAACUGGGCUUUUCAUCCGCCCCUGAACGCACCACGAGAUAGACACUAACCACUUGCGUCAAGCUGGUCUUUUUUAUUCAAACGACUUUUCCACGGACGCUCACACUUAAUUUGUUUUGUGAAUGAGUGACAUUAAAUGUUUGCCCGUCUUGCUGCCGUUGGCAAUCAUUGUCCGGGCGAUUGCGCAAGCGCCGAGCCGGCCGUCAAUGUUCAACCGAGCGGUCGCUGCGGCGUGCCAAAGGAAACGUUCCCGCAAAAAAACCGCUGUGUUCAGCUGGUGACCCGCCGACUUGUUUGUUGCUUCGAGUCGCGGGGGUGAAUUCCGAGCGGAGGUCGCCUCUCGUGUAGUGCUUCGCGCAGUCGGGGGAUGCGGUCCCGCUCGGCGAGCGGGCGGGACUGUUGAUCGGUCUGCUGUUUGUCUUUAUGUGCCCCGUGAUUAACUAGCGACCGGUCCGAGGUGUACCCAGCCUUUCGCCCAUAGUCAGCCGCAACGGGGUCCUUCCAUCUCUGGUGAUCCAGAUGGAAGUUACGAUGACCAGGAAGUUGUAAUGACUACGAGGAAGUUUCAAUGAUCCAGCAGGAAGUUGUAGUAAUGUUGUACUAGGACGUUUUAAGCGAACUAGCGCAGUGGUUCCCAACUGUUGGCGACCUGAGACUCGCAUGUUCCUAUUGUUGCAAAGUCGCAACCCGCUUUUAAAGAAGAUAAGAACAAUGAAGAUUUUUUUUUGUUUAAAAAUAGCCGAUGAAAACAUCCGUGCAUCCAUUUUCUUGCGCGUAUCUGCGGUCGGGUUGCGUGAAGACCAGACUUCCCUCUCCCCAGCCACUUCAUCCAGCUUUUCCAGGGGGAUCCUGAGGGGUUCCCAGGUCAGCACCGUGCCUGGAACACCUCAGCGGAGAGGCGUCCGGGGGUCAUCCUAACCAGAUGCCCGAGCCACCUCAUCUGGCUCCUCUCGAUGCGGAGGAGCAGGGACUCGAUUCUGAGCCCCUCCGGUAUGACCGAGCUUAUCUCUAAGGGACAGCCGGGACACCCUGCGGGGGAAACUCAUUUUGGCAGCUUUUAUCCUUGAUCUUGUCCUUUAGGUCACAACCUACAGCUUGUGACCAUAGGCGAGGGUCGCAAUUUAGAUUGACGGAAAUCGAUCUAUGUUCGGGAAUCGAGUCACCGAUGCAGGGUCCGCAUCACUGCAGAUGCUGCACUGAUCCGCCUGUCCGUCUCCCGCUCCAUUCGUCCCUCCGUCGUCAACAAGAUACUUGAACUCCUCCGCUUGGGGCGGGAUGUCAUUCCUGACCCGGAGAGGGCACUCCACCCUUUUCCGACUGAGGACUACGGCCUCAGAUUUGGACGUGCGCAUUUUCAUCCCAGCUGCUUCACGGCCAGUUACGAACCGCUCUGGGGGACCGCCGCCCCAGUCUGCCAAUCCAGAGGCAAUGUCCCCGAUAUCCACGCGAUGUUGCAGAGGCGUGUCAACCAGGACGGCCCCACAACAUCCAGAGCCUUUAGGAACUCCAGGCGGGUCUCAUCCACCCCUGUGGUCCUGCCAUCAAGGAGCUGUUUGACUACUUUGGUGACCUCAACCUCAGAGAUAGGAGGCGUGUCGGUGGCAUUGAGGAGGUCUUUCGAGUAUUCUCCCGACCGACUGACAACGUCUCGAGUCGAGAUCAGCGGUGCCCCGUCCCCUCUAUACACGGUGUUGACGGUGCACUGCUUCCCCGUCCCGAGACGCCGGACGGCGGACCGGAAUUUCCUCGAAGCCGCCCGGAAGUCGUUCUCCGUGGCCUCGCCGAACUCCUCCCACGCCCGAGUUUUUGCCUCGGCGACCACCAAAGCUGAGUUCCGCUUGGCCAGGUGGUACCCAUCGGCUGCCGCCAGUGUUUUUGACCUAGGAAAACACAUGUACAAUAUAUUGUUAUAAACACUGUCGUAUGACUCUCCUCCAAAACAAUAUUGCUAACCAUAAAGUCCACUAGCCAGAAGCUGAGCUACACUGUGUUUGUUUACAGCGUAAACUAGUAGCUAGUGCGCAAGGGGGUAACAUUUCCUGUCGCUUACUUAAUACUGUAUGUUCAGUGUGGCAACUUGGUACGCGUCUGUACUGAAAAAAUAUGAAUACUGUCCUUGUCAUUUUUCGGAGCUGUUCGCAACCCACCCAAAAUGGGCCACUUGUUGAGGAUCACUGAUCUCGCAGGAAGUUGUAAUGAGCGCCGGGCCGUGUGUGUUUACUAGUUGCGUGAACAAGUGCGCGAUGAUGAGUUGUUGCAUCAUCGCGUCCGUGAAGUUAAUGACCACAAGACUCACGGGAACAUUAACAGACACCACAAUGGGGGGUUUGGGGGCGGGAGUUUGG